GGGGGUAGGUUUUGGUGUGACUGAAUUCCAGCAGGAGCAAUGGCGGCUGCAAGACCGCUUUUAAACUUUUCAGAGGUUUUAGAGGAGCUGUUCCGUAGUGAUUCUGAGGUGGAUCUGGAGAAUAACUCUUCAGAGCAAGACUCUUUUGAUUCAGAUCAGGAGCGUUCAGAUGCGUUUCACCUGGAAGAAAGUGCUCCAUCAUCUGACUCCACACCCUCUACACCCUCUACCCCUUCCACCAUUAGACGUAAACCCCCCACUAAUAUUCAACAGCCAAAUGUGCUCUCUUCAUUGUGUUCAAGUCCUUCCAAAAGACAGAGGAGAUGCCUUGUGUAUGAACAAGAUCGGUGGCGCAGUAGAGAUGAAGAAGAUGUCACUCCAAUUCUACACCCCUUUUCACCUGCCAGAACUCCUGGAGUACAGCUUGAUAGCCACCAACAGUACACACCCCUCCAGCUGUUCCAGUUAUUCAUGAGUAGCUCAACAAUCAUAACCCUCUGCCAAAACACGAACAAAUAUGCAGCACAAAGACAGGAAAAAGGAAUAAAGACACCAUGGCAUCCUGUGACUGACAUGGAAAUGUACCAGUUUUUAAGUGUGGUCAUUUACUGUGGCCUUGUAAAACCAUCCACGGUACGAGACCUGUGGAGAAAGGACAGACUCCACACCUUUCCAUUCCCUGCUUCUGUAAUUGCUGGUUACAGAUAUGAAGCAAUCUUUUGGAAUCUGCACAUGAGUGACAUCGAAGAGGAUGUAAAGAAUGACGGGCUAAAAGGCACCAUCAAACACGAUCGCCUUGGUCGUUUGAGGCCUCUCAUGGAUGACAUUCAGAUUGCAUGCAAAGCUUAUUACCAGCCUGAUCAAAAUCUGUCCAUUGAUGAGCGUAUGGUAGCAACAAAGUCCCGUAUUGGAUUCAAACAAUACAUGAGGGACAAACCCAUAAAGUGGGGUUUUAAGCUCUUUGUCCUAGCUGAUUCUAAAAACGGCUACACCUGCGGCUUCAACAUAUAUCAAGGCAAGUCUCCGUCACCUUCUGGAAAGGGCCUGGGCUAUGAUGCUGUGAUGGACCUUUUGUCAGCUGCCUCUGUUGGUACAGGCUACCAUAUAUAUGUGGACAACUUUUACACCAGUUCCACUCUCUUCUGUGAACUACACAACAUGAGGUUUGAGGCAUGUGGCACCAUCAGGGAGAGCUGCGUUGGCUACCCUAAACACAAAGAAAAUGCUCUCCCAAAGAAAGCCAGCAGAGGGGACAUCAGGUGGAUCAGAGAAGGCCCACUACUCUAUGUUAAGUGGAUGGACACUCGUGAGGUCACAGUUUGCUCAACUAUCCACAAAGCAUAUUGUGGAUCAACAGUCCAGCGUCGAGUGAAAAGCAGAGAUGGGACCUGGUCCUUGCAAUCGGUCCCUGUCCCAGAACCAGUGAGGGCAUACAACAGGUACAUGGGGGGAGUCGAUCUUUCUGAUGCUCUCAUCAAAUACUUCAGCGUCACCCAAAAGACAAUGAAGUGGUACAAGAAACUGUUUCUUCAUUUUGUUGACAUUGCUGUGGUGAACAGCUACGUCAUUCAUCGAGAGCUAAGUCUGGCCAAGCAACAAAAACCCCUCACCCAGAAGAAAUUCAGAGAAGCCCUGUGCCUGCAGCUUGCGGACCUAGGGAGUGAAAGGGCCACAGAACCAGCAGCCUCUGAGCCAAAAAUCAAGGAGGAGCCAAUUGUACAGCCACUAGUGGAGGAGGCAAAGAAGAGGGGAUGCUAUCCUGUCCCAAUAGUGGAUCCCUCAUUGGCAACUAAAAGAGAAAAAUCAUCAGUGGGACGGAGAAACUGUGCACUUUGUCUUCAAAAGAAGAAAUACAUGAAGACCAUCUACAAGUGCAGGUCCUGUGAUGUCCCUCUUUGUUUAAUUGUAGACCGGCUUUGUUUUACUGAAUGGCAUGACAUGAAAGAUGUCAAAGUUGAACAGUGAUCUGUCUGGGAGGAUAUGUAGGAAAAGGCUUUUUUUUUUAUCUUGUUCUGAUUUCGCACCUCAUUUUAAUAAAGACAAAACAAGAAGAGUA